AUGAGCGGCAGAUAUGGCGAAGCGUACACGGUGUCAAAGAUGCUCGAUAGCAUCAACGAUACGAUGGGAGAUGGAUGUAAAGUGGAGCUCAAGCGCAAUGUCGGCAACGGGGUCGCACUAGACACGUCGGCCAAGGAAAUCGCAUGCCUCGACACCCAGGCGAAGAUCAAGACGUCCGUGGAUCGCGUGGCGCUCAUGGACUCGUCAGAGAAGCAAGGAUGGAUCGAACAUCAGCGUAGCAAGGGCAAUGACCUGUUCAAAGCUGGCAAGUACAAAGAAGCCAGCGACGCCUACCUCGAAGCGUUGACAGGACUCGAGCUUGGAGGCGCCGACCACGAUGAAGUCAUGCGUAAAGUACAACACCCCAUUACGUGCAACAUCGUGGCAUGCAUGCUCAAGAUGGAGGUUGGUCCAAGGGACAGUUUUCCGAGAAGAGGAUACCUAACCGCUCACUACAGCAAUGGGAGAAAGUUGUGA